GGUCGACCCGACUCCACCCACGAAUCUCACACUCCUUCCUUUUUCACAUUUGAAACACACCACCACCAUUGAAGACUCGAGGAGCGUGUGAAGAAAGAGGUGCCCCUAAAGCAAAGGCAGAGCAUAACAGCAAUGCCUCAAGAACGACAAUGCGCAAUUCAAAGUUGUGUGCAGCGUCUCUUCUUAUAGCACGGGCCAAGUCCCUCCAACUUCACCACCGCCACGUGCGUCACUGCUUCCCUCCAUUUUCUUCUUCUUCUGCAACCUCAAUCUCACUCUUCAGGUUUCAUCACCCUUGGCUCUCUUCCUUGUGCAACGCGAAAUCACUCAUCACCACGCGCCUCUUCUCCAGCUACUACUCCCUCGAACAGUUCUCCGAUGACGAAUACGACUGCGACUUCGAGAAUCAACAGGCAUCGUCUACAGUGGCUAAUGUGGAUGAGUGGAAAUGGAAACUCAGCAUGUUGUUGCGCAGUGAAAAGGAUCAGGAGAUUGUAUCUAGAGACAGAAAAGAUAGGAGGGACUAUGAACAGAUAGCUAACCUUGCCAAAAGAAUGGGGCUUUACAGUGAGUUGUUUGGAAAAGUGGUUGUUGCAAGCAAGGUGCCUCUUCCUAACUACCGUCCAGAUUUGGAUGACAAACGUCCACAAAGAGAGGUGGUGAUUCCACUAAGCUUGCAAAGGAGGGUUGAGGGUUUGUUGCAGGAAUACCUUGAUAGGCUUCAGUUGAAUUCUGCAAAGACAACUGACAGCCUAGAUGAUGUGAAUUCCACCAAUCAAGUUAAAGAUAUAAACAUGGAUGAAAAUGCUGAUUCUUUUGUGGAUGAAUCUGUUAUGGAAAAGGUUCUCCAGAAGAGGAGUUUGAGGAUGCGUAAUAUGCAAAGAGCUUGGCAGGAAUCACCCGAGGGCAGGAAGUUGCUGGAAUUCCGGAAGUCUCUACCAUCAUUCAAGGAGAAGCAAGGUUUACUUCAAGCUAUAGCACAUAAUCAGGUGAUAGUUAUAUCUGGAGAGACUGGCUGUGGUAAAACCACUCAACUUCCUCACUAUGUAUUAGAAUCAGAGGUUGAGUCUGGUCGUGGAGCAUUUUGUAGCAUUAUUUGCACACAGCCUCGAAGGAUCUCUGCUAUGGCAGUGGCAGAGAGAGUGUCAGCUGAGCGAGGAGAGCCUCUUGGUGAAACAGUUGGCUUCAAAGUUCGAUUAGAAGGAAUGAAAGGAAAAAACACCCAUCUGCUAUUUUGUACCAGUGGUAUAUUACUUAGAAGGCUGUUGAGUGAUCGAAACCUGAAUGGUAUAACCCAUGUUUUUGUGGAUGAAAUUCAUGAAAGAGGCAUGAAUGAAGACUUCUUACUGAUUGUGUUAAAGGAUCUGCUUCCACGUCGUCGGGAUUUAAGAUUGGUUUUAAUGAGUGCCACCUUGAAUGCUGAGCUUUUUUCGAAUUAUUUUGGAGGUGCUCCUACAUUUCAUAUUCCGGGUUUCACUUAUCCAGUUAGAGCACACUUUUUAGAAGAUAUUUUGGAAAUGACGGGAUAUAAAUUGACUUCCUUCAACCAAAUUGAUGAUUACGGUCAAGAGAAACUGUGGAAGACACAAAAGCAACUAGCACCACGGAAGAGGAAAAACCAGAUCACUGCUCUUGUUGAGGAUGCUCUUUCUAAUUCAAGCUUUGAGAACUAUAGCUCCAGGGCACGUGAUUCACUAACAUCUUGGGCACCUGACUGCAUUGGUUUUAAUCUCAUUGAGGCUGUUCUAUGCCAUAUAUGUCGGAAGGAACGACCAGGUGCUGUCUUAGUAUUUAUGACUGGGUGGGAGGAUAUAAGCUCUUUAAAAGAUCAGCUUAAAGCACAUCCUCUUGUAGGAGAUCCCAAUAGGGUUCUGCUUCUAACAUGUCAUGGUUCAAUGGCAACUUCAGAACAGAAACUCAUAUUUGAGAAACCACCUCCAAAUAUAAGGAAAGUGAUACUUGCUACAAAUAUGGCUGAGGCAAGUAUUACAAUCAAUGACAUAGUUUUUGUGGUUGAUUGUGGAAAAGCAAAAGAGACCACUUAUGAUGCUUUAAAUAACACGCCAUGUCUUCUACCUUCUUGGAUAUCACAAGCAUCUGCACGUCAGAGAAGAGGUAGGGCUGGUCGUGUGCAGCCAGGAGAAUGUUACCACCUUUACCCAAAAUGUGUUUAUGAUGCCUUUUCUGAAUAUCAACUUCCUGAACUACUGAGAACACCUUUGAAUUCUCUAUGCUUGCAAAUAAAAAGUUUGCAGGUUGAGAGCAUAGGAGGGUUCUUAUCAGCAGCUUUACAGGCACCAGAGCCACGGGCUGUUCAAAAUGCUAUUGAUUUUCUCAAGAUGAUUGGAGCAUUAGAUGAACAAGAAAAUCUUACGAAUCUUGGGAAGUUUCUCUCUAUGCUUCCUGUUGAUCCCAAGCUUGGAAAAAUGUUAAUAAUGGGAGCUAUAUUUCGAUGCUUUGAUCCUGUUCUUACAAUAGUUGCUGGCCUUAGUGUCAGGGAUCCUUUUCUUUUGCCCCAAGACAAGAGGGAUUUAGCAGGGACAGCGAAGUCUAGGUUUUCUGCUAAAGAUUACAGUGAUCAUAUGGCUCUUGUUCGAGCAUAUGAAGGAUGGAAAGAUGCAGAAAGAGAAGGGUCGGCUUACGAGUACUGCUGGAGGAAUUUUCUAUCAGCCCAAACUCUUCAGGCUAUUCAUUCACUUCGGAAACAGUUUAGCUUUAUCUUGAAAGAAGCUGGCUUGGUAGAUGCAGAAGCUAACGUCAUUAACAAAUUGAGUCACAAUCAAUCUCUUGUGCGUGCAGUCAUAUGUUCUGGGCUCUUUCCUGGCAUAGCAUCAGUGGUGCACAGGGAGACAUCCAUGUCAUUUAAAACAAUGGAUGAUGGCCAGGUUUUAUUGUAUGCUAAUUCAGUGAAUGCACGUUACCAGACCAUUCCUUACCCUUGGUUGGUUUUUGGUGAGAAAGUCAAGGUCAAUGCUGUUUUUAUCCGUGAUUCCACUGGUGUAUCUGAUUCAAUACUUAUCCUUUUUGGUGGUGCUCUAAGUAAUGGGAUACAGGCUGGGCAUCUGAAAAUGUUAGAUGGGUAUGUUGACUUCUUCAUGGAUCCUAAUUUAGCUGACAGCUUUUUGAAGCUUAAGGAAGAGCUCCAUAAGCUUAUCCAAAAGAAGCUGGAAGAUCCUAGCAUUGACAUUCACAAGGAAGGGAAAUACUUGAUGCUUGCUGUUCAGGAGCUGGUUUCAGGGGAUCAAUGCGAAGGAAGAUUUGUAUUUGGCCGUGAAAGCCGGAAGCCUAAGGCCUCCAAUGAUGAAAACAAAUUCACAAAAGAUGGAACAAAUCCCAAGAGCUUGCUGCAGACUCUGUUGAUGCGAGCAGGGCACUCCCCACCCAAAUACAAAACGAAACAUCUUAAGACAAAUGAGUUUAGGGCAUUGGUGGAGUUUAAGGGAAUGCAAUUUGUUGGCAAACCAAAGAGAAACAAGCAACUUGCAGAAAGGGAUGCUGCUAUAGAGGCAUUGGCUUGGUUGACUCACACCUCUGACAAUAACCAGCAUGAAGAUGAUAAGUCUCCUCCUGAUGUAACUGACAACAUGCUAAAACUCCUAGGGAAGCGUAGAAAAUCAAAGCGAGGCCAUGGUUGACAUGUCAUCCAUACAUGGUUUUUAGUGAGUUAAUCCCAUCCUAAUCUUGGAUUAGUAGCCCAGCACCAUGCAAUUUAGUGCAUGAUGAUGAAGGAUAGGAAUUUAGGUGACAUGUCAUCAAUACAUGGUUUUAGGUGAGUGAUCCCAUUCUUUCAUCUUGGAUUCGUUGCCCAGCACUCUGCAAUUCAAUGCAUGAUAAGAAAGGGGUUUAGGAGACUUGGUAUGAGGUCCUGCCAAGCAUUUCUUUGAGGAAUACAAUUUUUCUGGGACAUUAGGCUCUUUGCUUUCUAUUUCCCCCCUUUUUUUGGAGGGUUUGGUAUUGGUUCAGGAAAAUAUAGUUAAUUUAAGGUACUCAAUCUUGGCAGUUGUUGGCGUUUAGAAGUUCAUUGUAUUUUUUAGCUGUCCCCUUCAAGCCAAACCCAAAAUUUUAGAAUCAAUCUGUACACUAAUGCUUUUAUAAAUUGAUUUAUAUAUCUUGUGUCAAUGUCAAAGACCAAGAUACAUAAAGUUGUUAGCUAGGGAUAACAUGGCAUACAAUUUCUUAUAGCAACAUAAUAAAAUCAAUAUUUAUAUUUUGCUGC